UGAUGACGUAGCCACGGCCAGUCAAUGGAGUCAAACGGUCAGAGGAAACGAGGCCAUAGCAGAUUUAAAGUGUAUUUUCUCUUUAAAUAACCACCGGGAGGAGAUAAAUGCUAUUUUGAUAAUCAUGGCCGUCAGGGCGUAGUUUUACUCCAAAUACGUGGCACGUCUGCAGCCGACAGGCCGUGUCAACAAAGCGGCCUAUGUGGGGCUAGUUAGCUAAUUUGUUAGCUAGUGAUUUUUUUUUUAAAUCCUCCUUCAGCAGAUUAUCAGGUGUGGGACUUUUUAUUUAUUUAUUUCAUUUUCGUUUCGCCUCUCAUUCUUCGCUUUCAAUAAGACAGUAUCGCUCCACAACAAUGGCGGAUCCAGGUCCGGUGGUGGCACAGCAGAAUUUGGACAGGAGCUGUUGGGUGUGCUUCGCCACAGAUGAGGACGACCGCACGGCGGAGUGGGUGCGGCCGUGCCGGUGCCGGGGCUCAACGAAGUGGGUCCACCAGGCCUGCCUGCAGCGCUGGGUGGACGAGAAACAGCGAGGCAACAGCACAGCGAGGGUCGCCUGUCCGCAGUGCAACGCAGAAUAUCUCAUCGUCUUCCCAAAACUGGGUCCGAUCGUUUAUGUUCUGGAUCUGGCUGACCGGCUCAUCUCCAAAGCCGGCCCCUUCGCUGCAGCCGGUAUCAUGGUGGGCUCCAUCUACUGGACCGCCGUCACAUACGGCGCUGUCACCGUCAUGCAGGUGGUGGGCCACAAGGAGGGCCUGGACGUGAUGGAGCGGGCCGACCCGCUCUUCCUGCUCAUCGGCCUGCCCACCAUCCCCGUCAUGCUGAUCCUGGGGAAGAUGAUCCGCUGGGAGGACUACGUCCUGCGGCUGUGGAGGAAAUACUCCAACAAGCUGCAGAUCUUCAACAGCAUCUUCCCAGGUAUCGGCUGCCCGGUGCCGCGGAUCCCGGCCGAGGCCAGCCCUCUGGCCGACCACGUCUCUGCCACGCGGAUCCUGUGCGGCGCUCUGGUUUUCCCCACCAUCGCCACCAUCGUGGGGAAACUCAUCUAUGUCAACGGAAUGAGCCACGGACACCAAACUUACAGGGAAGGUGGACAUGUUCCCAAGGACUCUCGAGGCCAAGUAUGGGCCCACUACCUCAAAUACUUUUCGAGUUAUUGA